UAUCAGUUCACAGCAGUCUCAUGAAGAGUGGAUGUGGAUGAAAGGCUCAGUCUGUGUAGAGGACCCGCGGGAAAGCGGCAACAUUACUGCCGCGAAACACUGCUCAAACCCCGCUAACCACCCGCCCAUAGAAUGCAGAAUACCGGUUAACAGGUUCUUUCCAUGACCACAGUUGCUGCAAGUGAGGAACUUAUUAAGACGCUGGAGAAAUGCAGCAAGAGCGCUGUUCUUCCUCCGAGAGGCCUCUGGAUCCCCGCUGUAUGCUCACACGCGACGCCGAGGGGAGCGAGGACCGGCUCGGCCGUGCGGUGGUGGAUUUCCCGGUAGCUGUAGUUCUGCCCGCCGGAGGCUCCGGGGAGAGGAUGGGACUGCCCACACCGAAACAAUUCUGCACCAUUCUUAACAGACCUCUGAUAAGCUACACGAUUCAAGCCUUUGAGAGAUUAUCAUGGAUUGGAACUGUUGUUGUUGUGGUUGCUAAGGAGAAUCAUGACUUGAUGCUGAAUAUUGUCCAGAAAUUGAAUCACACAAAGGUAAAAGUAGUCCACGGGGGAACCACCAGACACAGGUCUAUCUUCAACGGACUUCAGGCCUUCAGUAACACUACUGACUCAUUGACGCCUAAACCAAAAGUGGUCAUCAUCCACGAUGCCGUACGUCCCUUUGUGGAAGAAGAUCUUCUGCUGAAAAUCACCCUAGCAGCUAAAGAGCAAGGGGCCUCGGGCACGAUACGUCCUCUGGUGUCCACGGUCAUUGCAACAACGUCAGAAGGCUACCUGGACCACUCGCUGGAGAGAGCCAAGUACCGAGCCAGUGAAAUGCCUCAAGGAUUUCUUUACGACAUUAUUUUCCAGGCCUACCAGCGGUGCAGUGAAUUUGACUUUGAGUUUGGCACAGAGUGCCUACACUUGGCCCUGCAGUACUGCAGCACGAAUGCAAAACUCAUAGAGGGACCACCGACUCUGUGGAAAGUAACAUACAAGCGAGAUCUGGCAGCUGCGGAGGCUAUUAUUAAAGAGACUCUUUCGAUGUCAGCGUGUAUCAUCGCAGGAGCUGAAGCAGAAGCCGUCGAGUUGGCCAAAACGCUUCAGAAAAAUCUAAACAUGAUUGAGACAGACUUCAUAUCAUGUGCAAAGGAGAGUAAUACGGAGUACCUGUCUAAAACCCAAAACUUCAUUUACAUAUCUGUGAGUGGAUCAAACUUCUCAGGGGUCCUAGAAAUGGUGAAACGUUUUGAGGACCUUGGCCACGCUCGUUUAUACCCAGUAGUUAUUGUUUGGGUACAGCUGAACAUGACAAAGCAGUCCGUCGAUAGCCAAAAGACAGAUGAGUUAACAGCCUUCAUGGGUCUGGCCUCUGAAGUCAUACAGGGAAAUGUUCUGCUCUAUGGAAUUGAGAUUGAUCACUCCAAGGUGCCAGAGCAGAGGGAGAGAUCUGUGGAGAGACUCACUCAAAUCACCGUCGCCCUCAUCCGAGAGCGAAAUGCUGCUCUCACUGGACAGCUGCUUCAUGCCUGAAACUGAGGCAGGAGGAGAUGCAUUACAGCAGACAACCAGGACUCACAAAGACAGCAGCAUGGACUCUCAAAGGUCAAAGAACAUUUGCAAAUGAAGGAAUUUCAAUUUCAAAUAAAUUACAGAUAGGAAGUGAGUGACAGCGGGGUCUGAUAGUCGAUGUUUGGAUUCAGUUGAUUCAUUUGUUU